CAUUUGCCCGGUUCGGUUUGGGAUGAUUGUCGCCCGAUAAUCCCCUGUUGGUCUCACCUUGAAAGCUCUCCCCUCGAAAUCGGCCCCCGCUUUGAUCCUAGUGAUUUUGCGCGCGCAUUAUUCCCGUCACUACUACAUCGGCUACCCCCGCGUGUCUUUGCAUGGCGUAAGGUGACCCCGGUUCAACUAGCCAAAGCAUGA